GUAUCAUCUAUGAGAAUGAACAAGGGAAAUGGUCUAUGGAUAACAAGUAAGGUUCGAACGCCAGCAACAGGCGUUCUCUUCAACAGUCAACCAGCAAAUUUGGUCAGAAGAUUUUCGACAGAUUCAGGCCUUCCACCACAUCAAGAGAUUGGAAUGCCUUCGCUUUCACCAACAAUGACAGAGGGUAAUAUUGCAAGAUGGUUGAAGAAAGAAGGUGACAAAGUUUCGCCCGGAGAAGUUCUGUGUGAAGUGGAAACU